AUGACAUGGAACGACGUGACGUCAGCAGACGACAUGGACGUGUUCGUGGACAACGUCACGACCAGCGGUUCCUAUGGCAACGGGACGGGGCUGGAAGAUGCGGACACGCUGGUGCCAGCUGCAGGACCGACCGCCGGCACCAUCGCCACAGCCGCCGUCCUGUUCCUGAUCGCUGUACUGACUGUGGUAGGGAACGGCCUAGUCCUGUUAGUCGUCGCCAAGCACAGAAGUCUGCAGACCCGCACCAACACCUUCAUCGUGUCUCUCUGCGUCUCCGACCUGCUGGUUGGCGCGCUGGUGAUGCCGCCGGCCGCCCUGACCAAUCUGUACGGGGAGUGGAUCUUCCCGCAGCCCUUCUGUCCCGUCUGGGUGUCCUUCGACGUUAUGCUCUGUAGCGCCUCUAUCCUCAACCUCUGCGCCAUCAGUCUAGACAGGUUCAUACAGAUCACCAACAGUCUGCAGCACGGCACGUACAUGACGGGUACCCGGGUGGCCAUCCUCAUCGCCGCCGCCUGGCUCCUCUCCAUCCUCACGUCAUUUCCGCCCAUCAGCCUCGGGCUACACGAGCACGACGGCUUCCCGACCCUCACCAACCUCACCUCCCUUACCCCCACCCCGCAGUGCAUCUUCGACCCCAACAAGACCUUCGCCCUUACGGCUUCAAUCGUGACGUUCUACAUCCCCAUGACGACCAUCCUGUUCACCUACGGGACGAUUUUCCGCGAGGCCAAACGACAAGCCGCUCGGGUGGCCGCUCUGAACGUCCAGCUGCAAACCGUCGACGGACAGGACAGCAACAACAGAGCUAAAGGCGUGACGUCUCUGAAGGCCAUGCGGACACUUGGCAUCAUCCUGGGGGCGUUCAUGAUCACCUGGCUCCCGUUCUUCAUCGCCAACGUGGUGCGGCCGUUCUGCUACUGUGUGUCCGGGCAGGUGUUCGAAGUUCUCACCUGGCUGGGGUGGACGAACUCCGCCCUGAACCCCGUCAUCUACCCCUUGUUCAUGAAGGACUUCAAACGCGCGUUCAAGAAGCACAUCCCGUUCUGUAAGCGAGUCGACGCGGAGAAUUCUGCAGGAGCGCAGCUGGGCAGACCGCAGCCAUCUAGAUCUGCCUCAGAACGGGUUGGCGGAAACAGCGAUCCGGUCCGGGAGGCGGAAAACGCUAUCCUGUCUGGUUGCCGGGGAGAUAGAAGAAGAAGCGGACCCACCCCCAAACAGCCGACGAGCACGCACACUGUCGUGGACUCCGUGAGUGACGAAUGGCCCCUCCUGGCCACAUCCGUGUUCCCGUCGGUCGCCCCUGUGACCACACGGUGCUCAAGCGCCCCUCCCAACCUUCACGAACUAGAAUCAUUGCAAGCACAUACUGUCCAAGCAGAGGUCUAG